AUGGGGGUCUUUAUGGAACCAACCGUGGCCUCUGCGUAUCCUAAUCAGCUUUUGUUUCUGCCCUGCCGAAGUGCCCGGACGUGCUCGGACUCCUGUCGAUUAGAGCCAAGGACGAGCGAGAGGGCCGCCUCUUCGGCUACGAGGGAGAGUUCCUGGCGACCUGGCUGGGUGCGCGGAGGGAGGAUUCCUAACCUAGCAUGGAUUGGAAAAGAUGUCCUGGCAUGGUCCUCCGGGCUGUACAUAGUCUUCUUCCAAGUCUCCGAGAACAGGGAGUUCCUGCGAUGGUGCUCCAAGUCCUCCACCGGAGAAGGAGCCAGCUGCCUCUCGGGGCAUCCGAUCUUCCAGCUCUUCGCCUACUCCGAAAGAGUGCCAAACCCUCGCAUCUUCGUCCACGCGUUUCCCUCGAUGGCCAAACUCUCGGAGUGCCAUCGAGGAUGUGCCAGUAAGUACCUGGCCACCGCUUUUACCGCCCACGAGUUCAUCAUAUCGCUGGGGUCCUACCCCGACUUCCCCCUGAUGUUCUGGUCCUGGAGAACGGGCGAGAAGGUCUCGGUGACCAACACCUCGAUCCAGGACGUGGACCGGCAGCUCCUCAGGCUCACCCAUUCCAGGCCGACCCAGGUGGCCCAGAUGGGCUGGACCUCGGGGAAACUCUCCAUCUGGGAGACCAACGUGUCCGGAAAGAACGUCCUGUUGAAGGAGCACCCGGUUACCUUGCCACAUCGAGCACUCGCCACCGACGUUGACUGGUGCCCCACGUCGGAGGAGCACCUGCUGGCCGUCGUCGAUCAGCACGGUCACAUUUACCUCAGCAACGAAGACGCCACCCACGUGUACAGAAUAGUCCUGUCCCAGCGGUGCGGAAUCUGCGUGGAAGUCGAGAGACCGGAGAUCCGCUGGUUCCGGGAGGGCAUAGUACUGCGAACCACCUUCUGCCAGAUCAGGUACUACCGUAAGAACGAGAAGAAUCAGUGGCGCCGGGAGUGGUACCUGAAGACCACGAAGAAGCCCUCGAACCUCACCUCGCACCCCUUCAAACACGACCGCCUCUUCUACCACACCUUCGAGGGACACAUGAUGCAGAUCGACUUCAGUGGAAACGCCAAACUUCCGACCAUUCAGCGGAGAUUUCACUACGGGGGGAUCUACCGCUUCGUCGAGUUCGUCCAUCCCUGGGGUCACCACCUGGUGGUCGUGGACAACCCCAGGGACAUCGAGGUCCUGGACUCCUUCAGCGCCGUCCAGGUCGGCCAGCUGGAGCUGGGUCUCAUGGGGGACAUCACAGGGAUGAGGUCCCACCUGGACCAUCCGAUGGUCGCGGUUAUCACCGAUCGCGGGGAACUCGCUUUGGUCGGUCUGUUGAACCCUACGGAGCCGCGAGUCCUGUUGCGCUAUCAUCUCCAGAGGAACGGCCUGGACCUCCUCAAGUUCUCUCAAAGCGGGAAGUAUCUGAUCGCGGGAGUAUCCAAAUCGGGCGUGUGCUAUUGUUUGAGUCUGACCCGCGGCAAGACCACCUUCAAGAUCGUGGCCAAGGCGGAAGCGAGGCAAGACAUCUCGGACAUCCUCUUGUACGACCACCAUGGGGAAUUUAAGCUGAUCGUUCUGGUCAAACCGAGGCAGGCCGCCUUUGGAAGCGAGGUCCAGCUCCUCGAGCUGCAUCCUGGGGAGGACCAGUUUUCCGGGGUCGUCAGGAGAUUCGAGAUGCCGAGGUACUUCCAAUACCUGUGGUAUCUCCCUGGGUCCCCUACGAGCUUCAUCGGUACGCCAUACCUGUCGAAGCAGCUAUGGGUGAUGUCGUUGCAGAGGUUCAAGGAGCUGCAGGUGACGGAUGCCUUGUCCUGCGGUCACCAGGUCAGGAGACCCAGGCUCUCCUGCGAUCAUCGGUUCGUCACCACCGCCAGUUUCGACGGGACAGUCGCGAUCAGGACCAAGGAUGCGAGAUCGUGCCUGGCGACCAUGAUGACCCAUCAUAGGAGCGACUUGGGGGUCUCUAGAGCCAUCACCAGACCCUCCGGAGACAUGGUGGUUGCCCUGGGGAGUACCGGCACCCUCGUCUGCAUGAGACUAACGAAGAACCAGGAGGAACCUCGAAACAGCGUGGAGAACUUUUACGAAGUGACCAAGCAACCGGUAGAUCUACACCUGGAGAACGAUGACAGGACCAGGAGGGCAUCCGAGGACUACGCGUCUCUGGAUCCUCAGGUGAAUUCCAUGCUUCUGCACCCUCUGCAAGAAUUCCCACCCCGGAAGGAACACGAGGGCAAGACGUGGGAGGAAUGGCAGUUGGAGAAAAACGUUUGGAGGGCGGCUGAAGAGUGCACCGAAAAGAGAGCCGCCAUUCUGAGUGAUUUCGCUGUUCUGAGGAAGAAGGUCGCCAGGAUGCUGCACGAGAACGAGGUCUGUCCGGAGAUCGAGCGACUGCCUCUUUCGGCGUUUGACUUGGACAAGUUUGGCCGCGAGCAGAGGAUGAAGAUGGCGAGGGACGAGCGCGAGGAGAUGCGUCUGGAGCUGGAGUCCAGCUGCAGCUCCAUGGACCGAGUGGCUGCCUGGAUCAAGAGCACCUUCUGGGACCUUCAGAGGACCAUCGGCCAGUCCAUAUUCUCGAUCUUCGGGUCCACCGAGGUGACCAACUACCCCUCCGUCGCGGAGGAGCCUCAUCAGGAGGACUUCUUGAGAUGGGCCCAAUACUCGCGAGAUGUCUUCAGGGAGAUGAUGGAGCCGGAAGCCUUCUGCCCAUGGCGCGCCUAUACUUCGGAACAACUCGAAGAGGCCGUUGGUCGGCACUCCCGCUUGCUGAGGCACGACGAAAAGAAACGCAUAGAAGCUCUCCUGGCCGAUGACGAAGAGGAAAAGGAGCCGAGCCCCGAAGAGGUGGAGAACCUGAGGAAUCUGGAAGGCAUGACCACCUAUCGCUUCGUCGAGACCAGUAAUUACUACUUCUCUCAGUUUGAACUCUACAGCUACGGCCAAUUGCUGCUGGACUGUCGCGGCUUGGAGAACGACUGCCGAAGAUUGAGGGAGCACUUCAACAAGCAAUUCAAGGAGACUUAUUACAUGAAAGAGAGGGAGAUGAACCUCGUGAACGAGAGGAACGAGAGGAUCCGCCACGUGGACCGGGAACUGCGUCUGAUGUUCGGCCAAUCCGUUCCGGAGGCGCCGGUCGACCCUGAGUGGCAUCCAAAAGAGAAGCCGGAGAGCAUCGUCAGGGUCCUGGACCACGAAGUCAAGGCGAAACCCUACAUCUCGCCCUCUCAGCAAGAAAUCCUCGACAGACAGGCUGCCAAGGCCGAAAGAUUGAGGCUACUUCUUCUGGCCGACGACUUCCGGGAGCGCGCGCUGAUGAAGAUGAUGGACGGCGUUUUGGAGGUUCGCUGGGAGGACGUCAUAAAAAAAGACGUGCCGAAGCCUCGUUGCAUGUUGGAAAAAAAGCCUGACCAGUACACCGCGGAGGACUUGCUGCAGGUCAAAAAGUACGAGAAGGACGUGGAGUUCCUGAUGCAGGAACGCGAAAGGUACCGCAGGCUGUUGGAGGUUGACUGCGUGAAGAUCAACGAAGCCCUGAAAGAAAGCGUGAGCAAGUUCAACUCCAGGGUGGAGGACUUCGUCUUGACGAAGCUGAAGUUGGACGCUGCCAUAAAGCAACUGGAACUCCGCAUUGCGCGCGGUUUCUUGAGACAUUUCUUUAGGAUCAAUUCAUUCGCCGACGAGGACUCCUACAAGGUGCAGAUAGUCGAAAAGCAGAAGGACAUGGCCACGUUGCACGAGGUCUUGAAGACGUUGCAAAAUUCCGCGAUGGAGUUGAGGUCCCAACAGGACAGCUUGGCGGCUCGGGAGAGGAUCCUGGAGAAGAGGUUCAAGGGUGAAGUUCUGACUGGGUCCAAAGCAAUCGCGGAGAUGCUGACGAGGCACUACAAGAAGAGACCACGCGCCUCCCCGAGAACUCUGGUAGCCUGCGAAUUGAUCGAGCUGGGAAAGUGUGCGGUGUCGGGGAACAAGUCGUCUCAUUUGCUCCCAGAGAGCGUGGAUUACCUCAGGUCUCUGGAUUCUCUGGACACCAGACCGGCGACUCUCCCCACGACCGUAGACACCUGCCAGUGGGAGAACUUGACUCGGCAUCGAAGACUGAAAGUAGACACGGAAAUGCGCGUCCAGGCCCUGGCGUCGAGCAUCUCCGAGGCCGAAAGCACCGUGGAAGAGUUCGAGAAAAAAGUCGCAGCUCGCAAGGUCGACAUCGACGAGCUGAAGAACAGGAUCUCGAGUCUGCGCCAGCAUAGGACGGAGUUUGACCAGAACGUCGAGCUGCAGCUGAUCCUGAAAAUGGGCCAGGUGGAGGUGAGCCGUCGCGGUUCUCGAGGCGACACCGACAAUGCCAUCCUGAUCUUCAGGGGCGACAUCGAGGGCGUGAAUCGCGUUAUUCUGAACGCCGGUAACCAAAAACUGGUCGCCAUGAACAGGACGAUCAACUUCAGGCGAGGGAUCCUCUUCAAGGAGUGGGAGCACAGGUGUCUGAAGAUGAAGAUCGAGGAUCUGCAAGAGGAGCUACACUGCGUGCGCAACGUCGUCGUAACGAGGGACAUCCAGGUGUACCUGAAGAGGAGAGCUCGCGGGUACAAGGACGACAAGUCUCAGCAGCAUCUCGAGCGAGAGCUGGAACUUAUGCGGAAGAGUUCCGAGAAGGUCCUGCGAAACUGGCUGGACAGACUGGACGAGGUGGAGGCCAGGAUCGAGGGUGUGAAAAAGAGCAACGGUCUCCUGGACCGUCUGGUGACCAACCUGAACGUUCUGCGCUGCGAGAUGGAGCUGAAGAGAGACGUCCCGGCGGAAGGGCGAGAGAGGGUGUACCAGGAGAGGAAGAUGAGCUUACUGGUCCAGAGGUCCCAGCUGGUCAGGAAACUGCAGACGAACUACUCCGAACUUUUGGCCCUGCAGACCGAGCACGAGCUCCUGAGGCUGAAAACUUACCCUGCCGUAGAUUUCUUCAGGACUCUGCACGGGGACCCCGAAGAGAGGGACGUCUGUUGA